AUGGAAAAACUCGGCAAUACUGUGAGUAAAGUUAACAUUUAAAAAGCCCAAUUACUUUUUACGUAAUUACAGAAGUAUUAAUAGUCAGUUUAAGUUUCACGUAUACGGCAAACGGAAAACGUCAGAUUCAAGUUGAGAAUUUCUCAAAAUAGAAAAUACGCAAAUGAAAGCAGCUCAAAACAAUUCUUAUGGACAAAAAUUUGCAUGAAACUACUAAUUUAUUUGUAGAAAUAAUGAACAGUAACCGACAAGUAUUUGGGAAACUUGGUCACGUGGUACAAAUUCGCGUUUGCCGUUUGACGUAAACGCGAUGCUUUACCUCUUUAAUGUCACUUUCCCUUCACUGCGGUGAAUUCAUUUUUUGAUCGCACAUUGUUCUGUUUAAUAUCAGGGUGCGAGCUUCAUUCGUUGUAUCAAGCCAAAUGGCAAGAUGGCUCCGCGGGAUUUUGAAGGAGGCUCGAUUUUGAGUCAGUUGGAGUGUGCUGGAAUGGUAUCAGUGCUAAUGCUGAUGCAGGAUGGCUGGCCAUCCCGAGCUCCCUUCAAAGAACUCUAUCAAAUGUAAGUAAAAUUCCUUUUGUUUUCAUCAGUAAGAAAUUAGUAGAGUAUAAAUUAGGUCAUACUUAUCAUCUUAUUAUGUAACAAUGUCAUGUGUGGUGAGUGAGGUUCCCGAUAAGUGUUUUCCUAUGAGCUGAUGUUUUUGUAACUUCCCAACAACUGUAGGUCUGGUGUUCACACUCAAAUAACUUUUUAAAAGCCAGAAGUCCAGUUUUGCUAGAGUAGUUACCCUGUUUUUCUCGAUUUUGUUCCAGGUACAAAGAUUACUUGCCUCCUCGGCUUGCACGGCUUGAUCCUAGGAUGUUCUGUAAAGUAAGCACUGCUCUGUUGUACUGAAUAGCUAUAUUUGUUUAAUCCUGCAGAGCGCGCGUAUAAGGCGAGCGUUAAAUAAUCCUUCGAAUGGUCUGCAGCGAUCUUGAGUGAUGAGACAGACAGAGGGUUGGUGCGAGUCAAAAAAUGAUUCCUGGGUGGAGGACGACGGGUUUUAUUUUCGCUUCCCCCCCUCUGCCCCUUUUCCUAACCCUCCUCUUUUUUAUUUGUUUCCAAAAUGGUGGCCUAGGGCGAUCGAAUUUCAAACGAGCUUUCGUUAAAAAAAACCUUUGCUCUACAGGCUACCGUUUCUCUGAAGUUCGUUAAGUUAACUCUAAGUAUCAAUAUUGCAGGCUCUGUUUCACGCUCUCGGCAUGGACGACAAGGAUUACAAGUUUGGUCUUUCCAAAAUCUUUUUUCGCCCUGGAAAGGUACGUUUCUUUGAUGUUCUGUAAAAGGACCUAAAAGAAGAUGACAAUAAUUGUUGAAGACGGCACUAAGUUCUCAUUUUCUUCUGUAAAGUUUGCAGAGUUUGAUGAAAUUAUGCAUUCCGAUCCUGCGAGUUUGAAGAAUAUAGUGUCUAAAGUUCUUACAUGGCUAAUCAGAACUCGGUGGAGAAGAGCCAUAUGGGGAACACUGUCCGUCAUUAAAUGUAAGCUUCCCUUUCAAGCCACUAGAUUUUCACCUUUUGUCACUGGAACGCCAUAGCACAACGUUUUUUCUGGCGAACGAUGUCUGCCAAUGUAUUUCUGUAUCUAAUGUAAAACUGGGUAAUAGAAAUAAUCCUUGUUAUGGACUUAAAAAGAGUUGUGUUGUGUUAUUUUAGUGAUGAAGAAGAUUGCUUUCCGAGCAGAAGCCAUCAUUCGAAUUCAGAAAACGGUCAAAAUGUUCCAGGCCGUGUGUCGCCACAAACCGCGGUAGGGACGUUAUUAUAGUGUGAAUUUUAUAUACCUUGGUGCGCUUUUCUAAUUGUUAUAUGCAAUUUAAAACACGAAGUUCAACAAGGUGGCUCUAAAGUUUUGUUUCUACGUCAAAAUAGUUCAAGGUGCAAUUGCUGAUGCAAAAAUGCCGUCGAACCCUUCUCCAAAUACGUCAGGAGAAAGGCAUAUUUCCAUUCCUCAUAUUGAACGCCAGCUGUCCUGGCUCAAAGUAAUCAUUCAUUGAACUAGGUAGCCCAAGUAGCCCCGCACAGCUAGCCCAGGCUGGAAAUAUCAGCGUUGGCACUGUUGCAUAACCAACGGAACAUUUGUAUGGGCCAAUAUGUUUGUCUCACAAAGCGUUUCAGUUUUUGACGUUCUUACCACAAAACGAGCAAAUUCAGUACGAAAUGUCACGACAAAUUUCUGUCUUGAAAAUUCGAUUACACUUUACUGUCCGCCCAUCUUAUUGAAGUGAUUGCAUAGCUAUAGUAAUGAUGGAAAUAACCCCUUUUUUGCAGAUACCAAGGGAUCAUUAAAAUCAGAAGACUGCAAGUUCAACUUACUCAUUUAGAAGAACUAGGUAAAACGUCCUCAACAUGUAACAUUUCCACGCAGACCAGGGCUCAACAUAAAUUUGGACUGUUGCCAGUAGUGUUGACCGGCCAAAGAAAUUCAUCUCAGUCAUGUGUCUCUUCUGACCAGUGAAAAUGUUAAAAAUUACACUAUAAUAACUUGAACGUAAUAGCCUACCAAGUAAAAUCGUGAAGUUAAAAAAAGUUCCUUGUCGUCUUGAAAGGUGAUGGUGAAAAAAAUUCUGGUCACUUACUUACAUGUCCAAUCAAAAUGACUGGCAAACCGUUUGUCCCAGGACAAAUGAAUAUCUUGGCUUAACAUUGUCCGUUGACGGGCCAUUAUUUUGAGCUCCGCAAACAAUACCGUGGAAGGGUGUAUGGAAAGAAAACAGGUUCAAAAACAGGUGAAAGUGCGUUUCUGUAUAAAACAGUGCAGUAAAACUUGGUAGAAAUAUUUCAAUGCAUGGGGAAGUUUCAGUAUAAAACUACCAGGUUGAAACGACCUUUCCUUUUGUUUUAUCUUCUGUAUGCUUCUCUCUCCUGCAAAAGCUCCCCUUAUAAAACAAAGAAGAGGCGAUGCUUGUUGCAAACAUUGUUUAAGCAUUUUAAUCGUUCCUAACUUUUUUACCUCUUCCCCCUCUCCAGCCUUCCAAAUCGGCGAAAGGCGCGAGGCUUAACCCAAAUAGAAAAAGAGCUUGCCGGGUACAGCCGUAAGAAAUGGUAUUAGACCUAAAACGCAGUCGUAUGUAUUUUCAUUUCCUGUGAUCUGUGUGAUGGCUGUAGAUUUAUCGUGUGUAGAAUUACUGCGAUCUUGUAAAUCUUCAAAACUUAAGCCAGCUUGUUAAAAAUGUAGUGGCUAACUCGUCAUUGUCUUCUUUAAAGGCCGAUGGCGACUCAGUGUGCUAGAUAAUACAGCUCACUUUAUCAACGAGACGUCAGUUAAUUAAGGCUGAUCAUUGAUUCUAACUGUGGAUAUGUUCUCGUUUUAGUGGCAGGUUUGAAAAAAGACCACAAUGUGCUGGCGAAAAAUGUCGAAGGACUUCGAAAAGCAAUUGAAGACGCUAUUGUAAACGUCAAGGUAACGUGGAAAAUAAAAGCCAUUUAACUGUAAUACUCAUUAAGCUUUACAACGUUUAAGUGCCAUAAUGAGGUUCUCGCUUCCGUGCCUUAAUAUACCUUUCGCUAGAACUUGAAUGGAACGUUAAUAUUACUUAGGCCACUAAACGCUUGAGGAAUGGACAAUAUUGAAAAAAUUGUGAAGCAAACUCAUUACCUCUUAAUAGUAUUUAAGGACACGAAUCUGCUAUUUAAUGAAAAAUCACCAACCGGUCGGUGGACAACUUCAGAAAAACAAUUUUCCUCCAUGUAUAGUCGGCAAUUUGAUGCGGCUUCCGUAUAUCAUAUAAAAGAAUGGCAGUGUCUAAUACUUAAGUGCGCCACGUCAUAUUGGUUUUCCUGAGGUGCAAAGAAACGGAGUUACAAUUACGUGACAACCCAUGUUUGCAGAAAUAAGCAUUCCAGGCUUUUUUUACCGAAGAUGCAUACCUAUCUAUUAUUAUGGAUAAUCACAAGUGGAAACUCGGCAUGGACCACAGUGGCCUACCCGAGACCGAUUGGUGUUAAACUGGGUUUCUAUCUGCAUGAAGCAGCUUCAGGUACUGCUUAUCUUCACUUGACAAGAUGCUAGCCCACACUGGGUUACUCCUGAGUGUAUUCAAUGGCAGCUCUUUAUGCGCCCAUGCCCUGUUUUGAAAGUAAGCAAAGGAGAAGAUACAAGAGGUAUAAAAACACUCCUAAUCUUAUUUCUGUUUGCACUGUAGAACACACUGAUGAAGCGAGAUGCUGUCGAUGCGUUGUACUUUGAUCUCGUGGGAAAAUUAAACAAACAGCUGAAGGAUGUGGAGAAACGAGUGGAGCAGCAGAAGAUUGAAGAAGAACAAGAACGGCUGAGGAAAAUCCAGGAACAAAUGGAACUGGAGAGAAAAAGAAGGGAGGAAGAAGAGAGAAAGCGGAAACAAGAAGAAGAAGACAGAAGAAUGUGAGUGCCAAUAAAUGAAUGAAUGAAUUUCAACAAACAAGUUUCCAAUUAGCCGCGUACCCAUCUAAUUUGAUACAAGGAAUUAAAAUGCUAGUUAAAAGUAACAACUAAAUUUCAACGAUUAAAAAUCUGUAUGACUAGUUACAAUAUUUGGGUAAAUUAAUAUGUUAACGAUGAAACGACCGAAUCUAUUUGAAUUACAGACGAAGCUCUCCUUGCGACCACUCUCGUAAGCGACCAGCUCUAUUUACGAGCACCUUUGUGAAACCUCGAUUGAAUUGUGACUUGAACCUUGUAAUGAAAACUCUUGUAAGCGACCGCGACCACUUUUGGGAUUACCCAAGGGGACUUUUCCUUUGCUGUUAAGCUCUCGUAAGCGACCACUCACAGUCGUAUUUAUGUAAAUCAACUCUUAAAUGAAAAUGCACACAGCGCUAAUGGUUCGUUGAUAAAGAUCCUGGGGCUAUUUUGGUCUAAAGUUUAGCCGUGUUUGUAUCAGAUAUAAAGACACUCAUUAAACAUUAAUUUCUUUUGUUUUUUCUUUGAUGCGCUUCUGAAGCUCUUGUAAGCGACCAUCCUCUAUUGUUUUAUUACGCGGUCGCUUAUGAGAGCUCAUUUUUGUAAACGACCAGCUCUAGUUACGAUCACUUUUUCAAAUUUCCGAGGUGGUUGCUUACAAGAGCUUUGACUGUACUAAAAGGUUGAUCUCUCCUCGAAAUGUUUUGAAACUAUCUAUAGUCUUCAAAUUUCUAACACGAUUCGUAAGUGACUUUCAUGCAAUUGCCCCUAAGUAGUAACUAUGUACAUCAGAGGAAAGCUAAGUAAACUGCUCAGUCGCUUGGUAAACGUUACACAUGGCAUUCAUUUGCGUUUUCUGUAUAUCAUGAACUACAUGCAGUGUUGACCAAUUUAGCUCUUUUUAGCAAGGGCGGUCACUGUGAAAAUAAGACAUUUACUUCACUACACUUUAAGCCUGGCUUUAGUCGUAUCAUCGCUAUUAUCGUUGCGGUCGCUAUGGGAUCGCUGAAAAUUCUGUUUUUCAUGUUGUUCCUACGAUCGUUCAGAACGCUGGACUUCUUUCAACCUUGACAGCCACCGUAUAGAAUGUGUCAGGUUUUACAUGGGGUAACUAACUACAAAUGGCGUCGUUUAAUAUAAGGGGAUGGAUGGAGCAAUGUUUAAGGGAUUUUUAACCUUGGGCUCCUAAAGAGCAAAUAACAGGUGGAUAGUUUUCUCCACAAGCUCGGAUGGUUAGUCCUAUGUCAGUUACAAUUUCAUCGAGUAAGAGUGUUCUUUUGUCCUUAUCCGAUAAUUUUAACAUCAAAGUUUAAGCUAAAACUAUUGACUUUAUUGAAACUGGGUUUCUCUUUGCAAAGGCGAAUGGAAAUGGAAGCGAGGCGGAAACAGGAAGAGGAAGAACAACGCAAGCGGGAAGAAGAAGAAAGAAUCAGAAGAGAAAAAGAAGAGGCUGACAGACAGUUACAGGUGGGUGAAUGGCAGCAUUGCCCAUCGGAAACUUUUAUUGAGAACUAAUUUUCAUUGUGGGAAAGUAUGCGUCAGACAAGGAAAGUAUAGGACUAGCAGUGUCCAGUAGGGCGAGGCAAAAGCCUGGUUCUGUCAAUAAGGUGGGACGAUCACUUUUAUCAUAAGCAGUUUUUUUCCUCUUCUGUGUCCAGUGGCCAAGAAGCUAUCAGACCAUACCCAGAGGAAUAGAUUAACAGGCAGACAGAGACAGAAAUAGAGACUGGUAGCUUGCAUUAGCCAAGCAGGGAAAGAACGACAGAACAUAAAAUUUAGGGCUGUCCUCUCGUCUUUGUCCUUUAGAAAUUUGUUUUUUUAUUACCCUUGUUCAUGAACACUCGUCAGUUACUUUUCUAGUUAGUUAAGUUAAUUGUUAGUGAGGUUUGUCUAUUGCUGAUAUCCUACAGGCUUUAAGAGCAGAAGAGGAACAAAGAGCAAGGGAGGAGGAACAGCGAAGGUAAGUCUGUGCCGCUUAAAAUGCUUUUCCGAUUGACAUUGAUACUUUUAAACUCAAGUGGUACUACGAUGAGUAGAGAAACCGAGAAGGCGGUGACACCCUUUUCGUAAAGCAAUUAACCAGUCCAUUUUUGCGCAAAGUGGUUUUCACUUAUGUUCUUUAAAUUCAAACCCUAAUCAGUUUUCGCCAGUUGCAGUUGAUGCAGACGAUUGAGUCAACUUUUCCGAACUCAAGGCACGCGGGUCAGUUUGGUGCCAAGCGCGGGAAACUUAGUCUGAAUGGUAUUGGUUUGAGGUCGGAUGAGAUUUGAAAGUGGUGCACAAUCUUGUCAAUGUGAACACAGAUCAUUGCAAAAACAAGCAGUAGUAACUAUCGAGAGCUAUUUUUAAAGGCACUUACGCUAUAGCACAGAUUGCUUCAGGCUGCAUUGUAACGUGGUGUGUUUCUUUGCAGGCUGGCUAUGAUUGAACAAGAGCGUAGAGACCGUGAACUGGCUUUGCGACUUGCACAGGGUCCUGACGCUUUGGACAGUGAAGCGCAGCAGGCACCCCAACUUCCACUGCAAAGGUCAGUGCAGUGACAGUUCAUAACGCGUUGAUCCGAGAAUUUUGUUAGGCUGCAUAGUAGUGCCUUUUUGUGGAUAGCAAUUAGUUUAAGACUAGUCUAGUCUUCACACCGGGUGAUACCAAGAUCCUGAUAGGAGUGCAGUAGUCACAGGGGGUGGGACGGCGAGGGGAAGCGGUUAUUAGGAAAUAAUUUUGCCACGUGGCGUUUGGCGGGGGCACCUAAAUCUUUACAGACCUGGACUCCUGUGUCUGCCCUUUGGACUACGUAGCCAUCCGUGAACCCUUUUCAUAGAUUAUAGCCGUGUUAAGGUCGCAGCUCUAAAGGCUUGUAUUUGAACAUGCUUUAAAUGCAGGAACUGAUGUGAAGCAGUACCCGCAUCUGGUUUCACAUUUGUUUCGCUUUGUGGUUCACCUAUGGGGCUAUCAGCUUGGUUGGCCAGACCCUGUUAGUGAACUCUCUAUUCCUCUCUUUGCAAUGGGCACCGUCUUCCAGUCUUAAAACUUUGGCCAAUUACAUUAGAUUGCGUCGCUCAGAUAAGUGAACAAUUGUUUUACUCAGUUGUUAUCUCCGUUAAAAGUGCACACCUGACACCUCUCUUGCAAACUCUUAUUUAAUAAAGUCUUUUUCUUACAGGGCUCUGCCGCCAUCAAAAGAGAAGAAGAAGCAUGACCUGACAUCUUGGAAGUACGCUGAGUUACGCGACACCAUCAAUACGUCAUGUGGUAAGUUAAGUGCUUGUGAUGCUACCCCGAAGAGUAACUGAUCACUACCUAACCCCAAGGAACGUGUACGAGGCGUUAGACGUCCGGCUAUUUUCAAUAACAACGUUGUUUAGAUUGUUUCCGGCAAACUCACCUCCCUCCCUUAUGAAGAUAAUCGUGAGCGGUAAAUACAGUACUUUAGCAAUUUGAUUAUAGUUUUGCAAGAAUUAUGAGAGUGAUAAAAGAAACAAAUAUGAAUAAAGUAAGUGUAUGAAUAGCAAAGUUUAGUUUGGCCUUUGCGGCUGGUAAGCCUCGAUUUGAAGUAGUCCAGGUCAGGCACUCGCACUUCAUUUGAGGUUGUAUCAAUUUGUAUACAUGAAAUUGUUUCAAACUGUCUUUUUUCCAUUCUGCCCACUUCAAUCAUCUGAGAACGUAAUGAAUUUUAAAUAUCAUGUCCAAACUUAUCAAUUGCCCAUCCCAAGUGAUCUAACAUUCCAUCAACGCUAGAUGUUUGAUGGUAUCUGUUUGGGACAAACCUUACCGUUGACGGUCUCCUUCGUACAGGAGUGGAAUAGGAAAAAAACAAAACAAAACAAGACCUGCGUGUAUGAUUCAUUAUCUUUUUGUGCUUAAUGUAGAUAUCGAGCUUCUAGAGGCCUGCCGAGAAGAGUUCCAUCGGCGACUGAAGGUUUAUCAUCAGUGGAAGAAACAAAACAAGGCUCAAAGACCCGACCCACAAGGAGCUCCACAGAGAGCACCACAGGACAUCAUGCAGGCAGGUCAGUUCAUCAACCAGCUCUUAAACCCUAACAUCAAAAUUCAAAUUCUCAUUUGUUAUCCCUAUACGUUUUCAAUAGAAGUAGUGGGGAGAAUUUGUUGAAGUAUUAAUUAGAUUCAUCUCGUGUGAUCAUGUCCUUAAUUCUCAUGACCACCCUGUUUUAUAAAGCAGUGAUAUUACAAGGAGAAAUUUGACACUGAUCACUCUUAGUGCUUAAAGGGUUAAACUGUUCAGGUUGACUGCCUAGGAGUAACUAAAAAUCAACAUCACAGUUUCACAAGUCAUACCUUGAAAAUUGCGGGAAGACUGCGAAGUUAGAAGCAUCUUUUACAUCAUGAUAAACAGUUCCAUAAGAAAGUAAUAAGUGGUCGGACUGAAGGAGUUCGUUUUCUAAGAGUGUCUUUUGUAUUUCAUGUUUCUCUCUCCUUUCCUAAACUUUUUUUAAUCCUCUAUAGUUUACCAUUCACCUCUUUUAUAGGUUUUCUGUUUUAUAAACUAAUAUUUUGAGGUUUCAUCCAGAUUAAGAUACUUGUACACAUGGCAAAAAAAAAAAACCCGUACAUCCACAAAUCCACAAAUUCGGCAGUUGAAGCAAAAGUUUACAGCAAACACUAAUAAUAAUAAUAAUAAUAAUAAUAAUAAUAAUAAUAAUAAUAAUAAUAAUAAUAAUAAUAAUAAAAUAUUUAUAUAGCGCUUAUACUUUUCAGUGCUAAGCGCUUUACAACACUUCAAAAAGGUCUGAAUAAAAAAUAAAAAUCUUAAAAUCAUUACAUAUAUAUAUACAUAGUCACAAAAAUACAAAAUAAAAAACCUAAGAUAGUUCAUAAACUCGUUUAAAAAGAAAGGUCUUAAAUUUAGAUUUAAACUUAUUUACAUUAAUAAAGGUGGAAUUCCAAGGGAUGAAUACCGCACGCACGUCGUUAAAGGCGGUACUUAAUGUAGAGUGAAAAGAGUUAAAUGUGUUUUUUUUUCUCACUGGCGUUUGUCUUCUGUCACAGCUGAACAAGCCCCACCCCUCCCUCCUCGACCCUGUCGUCCGGAGCAAGCUGUUGCCCCAUCCCUCCCCCCACGGAGGCCGCAGCGAUUUUUCCGUAUAGCGUUCAUGCGGCGCUCGAAUCAGUAUCGGGAUAGCGAGUUUAAGAAACAGGGCUGGUGGUAAGUCUUAAUGUCGUGUCUAUAAUUUUAAAUACGGAGCGUAAUCCACGACAACGAAGACGACGGCAACGAAAAAGGCAAAAAAGCGAUAGGUUUUUUGGACAUUUUUCGCUUUCCUUGCACAACCAGGACGUGAAACUGCCUAAUUUCACGUUUUGUGGAGAACUUUGAACAAGAUUUUUACAGUCCUGUAAAUUCAAAUCAAGAAAAAUUCACCAACAUUGGACAUACCGACUCACAUGGAACAAGAGCGAUGAAUUUUGAAACAGCGUUAGGUAAAUUCACUUUUUAAAAAGACCUUAUCGCCAACGUCGUCGUCGGUGUUGGGUAAGCUCCCUAUAAUAAUGGUAGCAAAAUGAAACAUCUACUUUUGUCUCACAUAGCUAUAAUAGUACAACAAAUACUAUAACAGUUCGGUACACCAUUUAGUUACAAUAGGACAGUAUUUAAGCUUACAAGGUAAGGUAAGAGACGGGAAAGAUCAGGAAAAUGUAGUCAUGGUUUUGAGGGGGAUUGGUGCUUAACCCUUUCACUGCCAAAUGUGGCCAAAGGCAAAUUUCGACCAAAUUUCCAAAUUUCAUUUUCUAAAAUUUUGACAAACAAAUAGCAUCAUGUGAAAGUACAGGCAGAGAGCUUUCAUUUGAAUGGUCACAUCAUAGGAUUUCGUCCACAGACUCAAAAUUUAGAGUUACCUCACAAAACUCUUUCAAACACUCUGGCAGUGAAAGGGUUAAGAGAGGUAAAAGGCUUUGCCCUUGAAUAACUAAGUGGUUUUGUAAGCUUUAAGUCGUCUUCGUGUACCCUAAGAUAAUCAGUUACUCUCACGGUACUUUUUACGCCACUUGUUCGAACCAAGUCUUACUUAGGUGACAGAGCUUUUACGAUCGCGUCGCUCACGCUCUUGAGCUCCCUUCCCAAAAAUCUUCGUGUGUAUAGUUAACAGGAUUUUUUAAAUUGUCAUUCUGUCCUUUACCUGUCGUUGUAAUGCGGUCGUAAUGCACAGCGGAUCAUCCUCAUGUUAAGAGAAAAAAAAAAGUUAUAUUAUUAUUGAAGCUGUAUUACAGAGUUUUCUCACCUUCUGAUAACCAGCUUGGGGUCAGGGGGUUCUUAGAAACCUUGUAAUGGCGACAUUGUUUGGUUCAUUAUCCACUGUUUCGUUACCCAAUACAACAGCUCGUUUUGAGAGCAAGAAUGUCAUUUCAUGUCUAAUUUCAAGAUAAAGCUCUCUUAAGCACUAGUAUUUGCAAAUUCGUCCCCUUCCUCCUCCAAAAAAGGAAAUGUUAAAGUCCGGCUAGAUCAUUUUUGUCCCCAAGUGAACAACAUUGACUAGGGUGGGAGGGGAAAGGCCAAAUCCAUGAGAUGGCUAAAAAAGCGCAAAAUUCGUAUCACCCCUUGCCGUGAUUGUACUGUAGUUUGUGGUAUCAAUAUUAACUACCAUGCAUUUCAUCUGUCAGGUAUGCACAUUUUGAUGGUCAGUUCAUUGCUCGUCAAAUGGAGUUGCACCCUGGUCAGCCUGGUUUGCUGUUGGUGGCAGGAGAAGAUGAUUUAGACAUGUGUGAAUUGAGUCUGGAUGAAACAAGACUUACCAUGCGACAGGGAGCCGAGAUUACCAUGAGAGACUUUGAAAUCGAGUGGUUAAGGAAUGGAGGUUCUCAACGUCAAUAUCAGGCAAAAAUGUAUCAAACACAGAACUAGUUGAGUCGUUUUUGAGUUGUUACGCAACGCUGUGUCACGAAGGGAUGUUAUCAGAUUCAAAUUCUUUUUUUUGAGGCAACAGUGUUGCGUGACAAAUUCGAAUUCUUAUUGAAGCCUAAUACGUUCAUUCUUGAAGUAGUAUUGCUAAUAUAUGAAAUACUUUACCUUACUCCCCUCUAAUAAUAACAAAUGGGAUCGUUCAGAUCAAUUAUUUCAAAUAUUUCCAUCUAAAAUGGACGUUAGCAUGUGUAUUUGAUGGGAUGGGAGGAAGGGGUGUCUGGUUGAUUACCUUCGUAAUCUUAAACAAACUCGUGUUCGUUUGAGCGGUUGUAAUAACCAUUUCAUCAUGGGACAAAGAUAAAUAGUAGAAUGCAAUAGGUACGGUAGAGUGUUAGCUUUAAAUAUUUCUUAGGUAGUUAACAUUUUUGUUGGCACAGCUGCCUGGCUAUAACCGGACGAAGCCUGGAUACUAGGAUCGUGGUUCCUUGUGUCCAGUCUCCCGCGCGAGGGAGUACAGAGCAGUUUAAUCAGUAUUACGAUGUAAACCAGUGUCGUAGAUGCUAAAUUUAAUGAAAAUUGUGCCAUGACUUCAUUUGACUACCAAUACUUAAAGAGACAAGAAGCUGUAGUGAACUGACGCUAUCGACAAGGUGCUGUUUGUAGAGUAGGUAGAAUUUAACAAAGUUUUUUGGAAUUUGUUCGUUCAGGAAAGUUAAAAUAAAUUAUGAAAGUAAUUUUCUCUAUUAACUAAGCGUGUGACCAAGAUGGAUUAUGCAAUUUUUUUUCUUUCUUGUUGUUGCGUAUUUUAUAGGCCGAGACCAAGUUGAGGCGUAUGAAAACGCCAAAAAAGAGGGGGAAAGUGCGAGGUCAUUGUCGAGAUAUCUUCGAUAACGAAUUGAUUAUAUGACGUGGAGAACAACUUUUCUUACAGGAUGAAAGCGGAGAGAUUAGUUCAAUCAAUCCGCAAAACGCAAGAUUUGCUUCUUCAACCCGCCUGUUACAACGAACGUUUUGGAGAAAAAAAAUUGUAAAUUGAAGGAAUAAAUUAUUUGUCGAGUUGACUUGAUUAGAAUUUCUUAAAACACCACACAUGCAUCGAGUGUGCGAAAACUUCUCAUAAAGUUAAGUUCGUUACAAUUUCCAUGUACUCGAAGAGUAAUUACAAACCAUCCUUUCAUAUCACAGCUAGGAAAAUUCAUUUAUUUUUAGCGCACAAAUUUUGACCGCAGUAUAAUUUUGUUUUUUUUUUGUUCUGUAUAUGAUCACCAAGAAUAAAAUAGUGCAUAUGUAGUGGUUCAAUUCUUUCCUGGGUUUAAAUAAAUUUUUCUUUGUCUUUGGGUACGAUAAUGUAUGAUAAUGAUUUAAAACAAAGAAAAGUGAAAUUUAACUGGAUCAAGGAUACAAUUUCAUCACAACACGUGCACCAAACGGUCUUCAUUUGUUUUCUAAGAUCUGUAAUGUCAAAUUGCUGACACGAAAUACCAAUCUCAGAUGAGAACUGAUUCAUACCAUAAACUGGAAUAAUAAUCUCGCUCCCAUUGUCUUUAAUAUUUUUUGGUUGAACGUUUUUUUUUAGUUAGGUGAAUAUAUGUAAGUUUAAUGUUUAUUAGGCUAUUUAAUUUAAUUUAUUUAUUAAUUUGAACGUUUCAAAUAAUUCAAAUCAUUGUCAUAACUGUUUCCAGAAAAUAGUGGCCUAUUUUAUUUUAUGCGCCAAUAACAAGGUCUAACAAUGGCUGUAUUCACACUAGAGAUAGGUUAUCCGUUGGAUAAUUCGCGUCAGACAGAUAAUACGUUUUAAUUUGAAAAUAGCACGGUCUUAAUUUUAGAUGCAGUGGACAAUCCGCCCGACUUUAUCCAUCUGUAUUUCCUUCAAUUUUGACGGAUUUUGACGGUGGAUUAUCCGUCUCUAGCGUGAAAACGGCCAAUGUAGGGGAUAUAUAGGAAUUAUAUUGUUGCCAAUUCUUCAAUUAAAAGGGUUAUCGCUAAGACAGCUUUCAUCCAAGAAAGCUGCUUAUCAAAGACACGUUUCUUUUUUUACAGGAAUGGUUUAUCUAAAUUUGUUGUUUAUUAUAGCAAUUUAAAUACUGUGAAAUAAAUAUUUGUUUUACCUUCUCACUGUUUGUUCCGUUUUCUCCUUAAAGUCACUCCAUUGUUGUAUCGAGCGCUUGCGCAGUUAUCCCCUCCCAUUCCUCCCAGGGAAAUCUCUAGGGAAUUUAACCUGCAACUGUAUUUUUAAAAAAGCUUUGUCCACAUGAACCCCGAACUUUUUAUUUUUACACGAAUAGGUCUCGGAUGAAUGAGUGAAUUCAUGCACUGGUUUCGGGUGGACAGAGGAAAGAUUCGUGUAAAGAAAGUGCAGUUUCGAAAGUAUCCGGAUUCGUACAGACGGGGUGGGGCCUGGGGCUUAAGGGUUUAACUAACAAUCUACAGUUCAGUUUCUUUUCAGGCAAAGUUCCAAGGCUCAAACCCAGUCCUCUGGCUGAGAUCUAACGCGUCGACGACUCAGGUCAGCACGCCGUCAACAACAACAACAACAACAACAACAACAACAACAAAUUUUAUUGAAAAUUGGAAAAUAACUAAUUACAUUACUUUCCCACCCGCAAAUAGCUUAUAAACUAAUCGAGGCGGGGGGCUGAAGACAUUGCAAAACAAGAUUUAUUUAUAGAUGAACUAAGUAACAGUGAAGACACUACUAUACAGUAAAUAGAAUUCAAACUAACAUGAAACAAGGCAAGUACAUAACGAUUACUCAGGCAUAAUAUGACACACGAAACCAGAUAACGAAACAAAUGGAAGAAAGCAGAAGGAAGACUUAAGCAUCAGAAAUUUACGAAAUGUUACGCGGAGCACUCAAACACACGUCCGUCCAUCUUAGCCACAUCACGUGACCCUCGCAUUGCGCGUUGGAAUAAUGUAUUGUUUUGAAGCUUAACUGCAUAAUAAAAAUAAGAUCCAACGGGCAGUUGUGACGGGCUAUGCGCGUUUGUUGCAAAUGAAUUGCCCCUCAAUCUGCGGAAAUUGCAAGUACACGAGACGUCAGAAGAUAUAAUGGAGAGCGCGCGUUUCUAAAUUCGCUCAAGAUCAUCAUUCGUGUUCGCAGGAAGCGCGUGAUGAAACACAGGUGUGCAGUACUGGAAUGCGGCGGGCAUUAAACCGAAUGAGAAGAGGCAAACCCUCCAAAAGACCUAUUACAGAAGUCUGAGUGACACUAGUACUUCCGAUAACGUUUCGUCAUUGACAUGAUGCCAGUAUCUGCUAGUUGAAUAGAAAAUGCACUUACAUACCUAUGACAGAUACAAAUUACGACAAAAUUAGCGCACCAAUCAAAUUCGAUACAGGCUAAAGGUUUUUUUUUUUUCAUUCACAUUACAUUAUUAUUUUAAAGUAAAAGUUUUUUUUUCGCCAUAACCACAAAUGCACUUUCAUUAAAAAAUGAAACACGGUCUGAAGUAAUCAAACUAAAAUUACAUGUUGCACUCAGGAAACAUUUACUUUGACAGAAUCUAAUGAAAGUAGAUCACUAUCAAGAGAAAAGUAAUGUAACAUCUUUUCGAAGGAAACUUUAAGCCAGUUAAAUUUACAUUAAUAAUUUACUCUUUGGUUAACCAUAAUACUUGUAAAAAAAAAACGAGUGCUAGUAGGUAAUAGGUCGAGGAAACUAGUAACUUUUCAGUUUCCAAGUAAAUACUGCGUGUUUAGUGUGAUAAAUGUCCUUUUAGAGUCUUCUGACUAGCUAUAGAACAGCAGAACAAUGUUGAAAACAGUGGCCUCAGUCUUUUCAUAAGUUGUAUGAUCUCUGACCACCUUAAUAUACUGUAUUCAUGUGUAAUCCAACGGUAUAAUUUGCCAAGAAACAUUUUAUUUUCGAUGCGAUGUCAUCACACCAUUUUCCUGGAAUAGAAUCAUUUCUCUUCAUAUUCUUUCGUUUAUAUUAUUAUCUAAGGUUUUUAUGAAUGAACCAUAUUUAGGUAACAUGUCAUCACACACAUUUGCUUAAAAUAAAAUCAGCCUAUUACGUCGGGUCCUUUUGAUCACGUGAUUAUCCAUGGACUAUUUAUUCAGGCUACGCCCCCUCUUAUUUUUGCCAUCAUCAGUAUCAAGGUGCGGCUGAAAGAAACAAGUUUCUGAGUGAAACGUAUCUGAGAAGUCAUUCCUCCGUGAGAUUACAGGUAGGCUUAAUUUAUCGACUUCUUUUAAAUGACCCGUUGUUGUCCAUUUAGAUUGCUGGAUUUCAGUAAUGAAUACUUUUUGUGACCUAUAACAUAUGUCACAUUAAUUGUGCGGCAUCUUUCAGAGUCACCAUUAGGGUUCUCGAACUCUUCAAGUUUUCUGCUGCUUCAUCACUUCAUUUUUAAAAUAAAUUUUCUGUGAGUGCAACAAUAAGCUUAGAAAAAAGUGGCAAAAGGUUUUUUUGUUGAUACUUUUUUCCGACGUGAACCGCCUUUUUUGAAAAGCCUUGUUAAACUUUUUUUUGCCAAUUUCGCAGUCCCAGCCUUGCUAGGUACAGAUUUUUCUCCCAAGAGGCAUCAUUGAUGAUCUAGUUCUAGUCUGUUUCUCCACGCUCCAUAUACCAGGCCCCAGAAAGCCAUACUGAAUGUCUAAUCCAAUUCAAGGUUUUAAAAAUGGUUCACUAUUUAAAACAAAAUUUUUGAGUGACGUUUGAGUCUUUUAAACAUGAAAAUGGCCGGAUAAAUCCAAAAUGGAAUUUAAAUUCGUCUUUAACGGGAUCAAAUAAGAGUUUUCCCAGUCUCACUACAAGCUUCUCGUUCAGGCGGUUUUUCCUUCACCGAAAGAAAAAUGUUAUCUUCGUUCGUUCCGUAUAAUAUAACUUUCUAGCCAUUUUUGUUAGUUUUUAUUUCCUUGUUAUGUUCUGGCUGCCCACGGUAUUCUUCUAAUUUCGGUUAUAAAAGAAAUCAGGAGUGUUAACCAAGUCCCGAACGAAGCACCAUAGAAUGCGAUUUCCGUCCUCAAAGAUUUCUUAGACAAAGGUCAAAAUUGCCUACGGCGAACUUCAUUAUAACAAUACAGAUUAUCGGAGCAAUCUACAAGUCAAUAACACGAAACAACCUCAAAUUUGAGGGAAAAAAAAACUAAGCUCCCUGAGCUUGAAACCGAAAUACCCUCAACUCGCCGAAAACGAAGCACCCACUCUCACCUGCGGUGAACACGCCUGCAAUUAGCUAAUAUUAGCCUGUCAAUUUCAAGGGUGAAAAUCCCCUCUUGUCAUAUUUACCUGACGCUUUUGCUCACGAUGGCUCAAAACACGUUUGCGGUCUUGCGGUCAAGCGUUGAGCACUUUAUUUUUGCGGUGGGUGAUUUUGGUAAAAUUAUAGUCAUAGGUUGCGAUAUUGUGGUAUUUUUAAAGAUGUGAAGUGUGUUUUUUAUUGUGUUUUGGUCUAUUUGUGACAUGAACUUGUGGCCAAAGUGAUUCAGUGCCGAUUUUCCGUGUUUUUUUUUCAGGCGUCAGUUGUGGUGCAUGCUCGAUUAAUACUCACCCCCAGUCUUUAUCUACUUGACCGUAUUUACAAUCGAAAGAAGGCACCAAUUAUGCGCUUCAUUGAACGGAAGUAGUUAAAACUUUUCAUUUUGUGGAUGAAAUUCCAUAUGGUGUUGUGAUGAUUCAAAUGAAACCACAUGGUAGUUUUUACCAAUAAUUUUUAAAAGGAUAAUAUUAGUUUUCCCAAUUUAGCUCUGGUAUUUUUUAAAAGUGAAAAAGCGUCAGUGAUGCAAAUGUGCUCGUGAUGAACGUGCUAAACAAGCUUCUUGCCUUAUGUUCAUGUUGCUAGAUAUCUUUGCAAACAAGUUUUAUCUCUGUUACGCAUACGAUAUUCUUUGUUCACGGUUUACAACAAAUUUUUGCAUUAACUGCAGCUUUUUUAAAUUACGAAAUUUUAUUUUUUUAAAUUCUAAAAGUCCGAAAAAGGUAAUCAUGAAUAAACUUAUCCGAGUUUUUCUUGCACGAAAAUGAUACAUCAUCAGGUGUAGUCUAAUGAUGGCAUACUGGGUGAUAAAACUCCUUGUCGUAAUUUUCUUUAAAUAACAGACACGCAAUAAUAAUAAUAAUAAUAAUAAUAAUAAUAAUAAUAAUAAUAAUAAAUUAAAAUUAAAAAUUGCCCUGAAUCUGAGGAUGGGCCAGCUACUGAGGUUGUCGAAAUUUCAUUUCGCGAUUGCUGGUUAACGCGAGGAUUUGUUUUAGGACUGCAGCGUGACAGCCUGCACAUGAAAUAAUUCUGUAAAAAAGUUUGUGUGUUAAUUGAAAACAUCGUGGUAAAAUGAGUCACAGAUUACCUGUAGUGCUACACAAUAAUAGUAUUACAGUAAGUUUGAAGAUCACUGCCUACUAUUGAAGUACUCAUGAUUGACAAUGUUCGGAAAGUAGUAUCAUAUAUCGGAAUCUAACAUUUAUUUGAAAGCACAUUGGCAACUUUAAUUAAUGACCGUUUAACUGUGCUAAUGCACGACGAUAAUAUUAAGUUAAAACGUUUUACACCGAUAUUUUUCUCAGAUCAAAGCAUUCAUGGCGAAGAGUGGAAUCAGAAAAACAAGUGAGAGUGAUGAGAAAGUUUUGGACUUUGAUGAUGCUACUUUGGAAGGUAAAGAUACUUAGGCAACAGACAAUAGUGUAUAAAAGCAGUUUCAAACACAGUUUAAGAGAACCUUUGUUAAAAGUCAAGUUGCGGCAUUUUCUACUUUCAACUGUGCUACAACAGUAUUCAGUGAGCAUUAAAUUCAAAAAUUAAAUAAGGGAUUGGCUAGAACUGUUGAUAAACAGUAUUGACAGUACAAACAAGUACAGUGUAGUUACUUAAGAGCUACAGUCAUGCAGUCAAACAUAUUUAUAAUUAACGGAACGCUUUUUUUGUAGAUUGUUGAAAAGCAAGCAUAGUAUCAGCACCUGGCCUGCACGAAAAGAACAAACAAACAAAUUCAACAAACACUCAAUGCAAAUUGCAAUUUACUAAGCUGGUGUCGUCUAGUGUUCUCUGGGGUUACAAGUUUUUGUCAUGUCAGGAACGGAAAAGACAUUUGUUUGUCAGCGGCCAUCUCACUGAAUGUGCAAUAAAAAAUCCCCCUCCUUUUUUAUUUAUUUAUUAAUUUAUUUUCUAGUUGUUAUUAUUUUCUACUUCCCUCCUCUGUUUUUAUCUUUCAUUCCAAUUAUCACCACUCACUUUCAAAUAAACUAGAUACCGAACCCUUCCAAACCUUUUGUAGAACCUUAGGUUUAAAGGCAUUUCAAUCCUCUUUAUUUUCAGCGAUAGCAGAAGUUUACAAAACUGAAGGUGAUGAAGCGUACUUAAAGGGAGAUUACAGCAGCGCCGUUUACUUUGACGCUGAAGGAAUUAAAGUGAACUGCAAGAACGAGGACCUUAAGUCUAAACUGUACAGCAACAGAGCAUAUGCAAACCUUCGUUUAGGUGAGGCUUCCCAUUUGUGUUUCAGUUCAUGAGGUCAGUUGUAUCUUGCAAAUACUGGCGAAUUAGCGUGGCCAGCGAGUGCUCAGCGCAUUUGACUCGCAAUUCGCGGGAGUUACUGGGUUUGAAUCGGGCGCGAUUAGUCGAGCACAAACUGGGAGACACAGAGUAGCGUGACGUGCGAAGGAUUAGAGUUGAACGCCUGAUAUAAGCUCACCGUGUAUGUCGAGUAGCUUCGGGACGCUGAAUUUGUUUCUUGAUCAGGUCGUGCGUUCACCACGUCAAUCACGCUUUUAAGUAGCCAACUGGUUGAACUUCUGUUAUAGUUAGGCUUUUAAUGUGUGUGUGUUCGUGGGUAGAAUCCUUGUAAAGUAGAACGAAGGAACAGCUCACUGAACUACACGGCUAUUUUAUUUUGGUUAGUAUGUAUUGUGUUAAUUGGCCUUUUGCAUCAGUUGAUCAUGUGAUCAACUUUCGGUAACACGAAAACAGGUCGCUUUUGAAAACCUUUGUUGGUACAAGCUAAAAAAGCAUAAUAAAAUUAGGUAACUUGUAAAUUUUCAGCCGUAUGUCUCAAAAGUAGUGACUGCGGCGGCCGCCUAAAAUUAGAAGGACUUGUAUGAGGAAAAACGAUUUUUGCCAACCAGUCACGCUUGAAUGGUUUUCCAUACAAAUUCUUAAUUCGUAUUUCCUUAAGCAUUACGGGGCUCAAAUCUCCCUUUAAUUCAUAACAGGCACUUUGAGCCCUUAAAUGCGUAAGGAAAAGAUUAACGACAGUUUAAAAAUUUCAGAAUUUACAAUGAGUUGUAUAGAAACCACUGUUUACCGAAAGUUGAUCACGUGAUCAACUAAUGCAAAGGGCCUAUUUCUGGACAGAAGGAAACAUUUUUUUAUUAUCUGAUGUUUGCUGUUUUAUUGGGACUUGAAAUUGAAAUUUCCUCGCAGUCCAAUGUUUGGCACCUUUUACCGUUCUUGAAUUGAAAUGUUGUAUUCGCUUUGUAAUCUACCUGGCUUGCUGCAUUGUUUGAAAGCUGUUGGUGACUUUUGAGUUUUUCUCCAACGUUCAUAGGAAAAUACAUUUACUCACUGGUAGACGCCAAAAAUGCCACGGACUUACGACCAUUGUCAAUCAAACCUAUGAUAGCAGGUAACCUUUAACAGUCGCAUUACGAAUAAAGUGAAGCAGCGUUACCUUAAACUUCUUAUAAAGUGUUUUCACUCACGUGGCCAGCAUCUAUGCAAAUUUAUUGGCACAAAAGAAAACGUUCGCAUAAGGAAGGAACUCAACUCCCACAGGACUGGUUUGGCACACCAGCAUGGCCGCCGUGACGUCAUGUGAAAACACUCUAUACGUUCUUGAAGAAUUUUCCUUUUUAAAACUUUUGAUUAGUAAGGUAAAAAUUGAAGUUGAAUCAGGGUCAAUAGCUUAAUAAAGUCAUCUUCACAAGUAAUGUAAACAGUUUCUUUUGACAACAGAAAUAGAUCUUGUUCGUAGACGCCGGGUGGCGAUUAGCCCUCAUCGUCUGUUUAAAAAAGUUGAGGUCACCAAGCUCCUUCUCUGUAGUCACAAGUAUGAUGUCAUAAAUGUCUGUUUGUCGGCUCGUUGUUCGUACUGAAAAAUGAUACGGAAAGGGUCAGGACAGAAGAGAUGUUUUCAAUACCUUUUCCGCUGCAUACGCCAUGUAUGCCAGUUACACUGAAGUUGCGUUAUACUAUUUCCAUGAUUUCAGGAGCAAAAGCCUCUGUCAAGUUGAGUCUGCGUGAGCUAGCGAUCUUCUGGUGUAAUACGGGAUUGGCAGUAUCCUUUUUCUCUGUUUAAGCAUGUAUGGUUAAAAGAUGAUUUUAUCUUCACUUGCUAUUCGCUAUUCGCUUAACCGUUAAGAUUUUAACUUGCAUAUUUUAAUGCGAUAACGCACACUUUGGAACAUUUCUUGUGUGAAGAGCCAAAACAACAACAACAACAACAGCAACAACACCAGUAAAACUUAGAAAAACCAAAUGAAGAGAUUUCUUCUCUUGUUUCACCUAGUUUUAUGAAUAGGUACAACCCAAUGCAUAAUGGAAUACAAGUAUCGCCACGCCUAUCCAAGCGCGUGGUGAUUUGUAACACUUCCACUAUUGCAAAUAUUCCAAGAGGGAAUAAUUGGACAAAGAAGGACUCUCCCAGUCAUGUCUUUAGGCUCCCUCAACUUGAAGACAAGUUAUUUUUAGAAACGAUGAGAACUUUUGCGGAAACUGAUUCCCCGAUGACAGUCUCGUCUCUAGGACGACCUGUUAUAAGACGGUAACAAGACAUGUUAAGUCGGAAAAGUUGACUUUUGACGGGAAAAUGACGGCAAACAGAACUCUAAACUAGUGACAUGAAUUAAGUCAUAAUAAUGCGACAAUUUCAAGUAAUUAAAGCGGUCGGAGAAAGGACAAGGCCGUAUUUUCCGGGUAUCAUGGACCUUAAGCAAUUACGAUGGUCAUAUAUUUUUAGGACAGUUAGGAAAUUUUUGAUGUGUUAUUGCUAGUGUUUCUGCUAAUAAGUUAGCAUGUGACAGGCUCUUGGUCGGUGCAGACGAGCAAAAAAAGGCGAGCGAGCAGUGAUAAAGAUAACGAUCGAAAAACGGCGGGAAGAGAGAAGGGAAAAACUACUGAAAACUACUUCACUACUCGGUCUCUCCCCAGCCCUCACGCAGUUUGCACGCACCUUUUCUCGAUCCUGUUCGGCCCCACUGUGUUGGAGCCGGGAACAGGGUUCUAAGAAGUGAGAAGAUCGCUACCCAGAUUCGAGACCAGGCCUUUUGGCAACGAAAACGCCACUGAAGAAAGUGAAUUCGCGCUGUUUCAAACUUCAAGCUUUCAUUUCAUCUCCUCAGUUUUUCAACUGUUAACGAAUUUUCUAGAACUGCGUCUAAGUUGGAAAAAGAAAAACAGAAUCCUUGUGUCACGUAUCCACGUUCUCCAUAACUCGUGGAAUGAGGAAGUUUCACGUCGUAGGUAGGCCUUUCCCGAUCGUGCUCGGCAACUUUUGAGCAAUUUUUGGCGUUUGAAGCAAUUUUUUGCAGUUCUGGCAACCUCGAGCAAAUUUUGCUUUUCUGAGCAACUUCUGAGAAAAAUAUAGGUUUAGAGCACAUAACAAGAACGAAAAAGUCAACGAUUUCGUAGGAAACUUCAAUUCAUGCGAAUUUCUUGAAUGUUUUUCAAAUUUUUUUAAAUAUAUUUUUUUAAAUUAAAAAUAGCUACGUUUUCAGCUAUUUUUCUUGACCGAUGAUAGUAAUUAUUGUGAAGAACGAAAAAUAAUGCUUUUAAUUAACGUUCAUAUAAAAAUACCAAGAAAUUUAAGUGGCAACUUUUGAAAUUAAGUUAGCAACAUUUUGGAUUUUUGGCAAUUUUUAGCAACUUUUUGGCAUUCUAGUGAGCAACUUUCCAGCAUUUUACGAGCACAAUCGGGAAAGGCCUAGUCGUAGGCUAGAAGAACUCGAUUUUGGCUUUUGAUUUUUAAACGGUAAUGCGUUCAAAUUUUCUUUCCCUUGUUUUUACGCUCCAAAGUAGAAUUAAAUUGGACACGCGCUAUUCGACCCAUGAUAGCUCAAUCCGUACAAUUUAGUAAAAUUGCCAAAAAACUAAACAUAGAUUUGUGCCAAUUUUUUUCCCAUCGUAAGGAAGCACUGUCCUUAUUAAAAUCAUGAAAUAAAAAAUGGGGGUCACCGUACUCGUUUUUGCGGUAGAGCUGCAGAAAGUGCUCACCAAAUGCAUUUUCUCCGAUUGCUGAGAGAGGACUGGGCGAGUUUCAAAAUAGAAUGUAUGUGAAAGUGGGAAGAAAGUAUUAAAAAAUCCGUUUUUACAGAAUUUACAUCGAGAUAUCACAUUUAGGACACAAUGUGAUAAAGAAUGCGUUUAAAUGAAAAUGAAAGUGAGUAAGCACAAGUUAAACAUCCACUAUCGAGGUUCUCCGUGAGGAAGUCGAACUCAGCAACACGCGUACUGCUUGCGUUAUGCACAUUCCCAACACAUUGAGUCUCACCUCGGCAAGAAACAACCGCAAGCAAAAUUCCAAUAGCGUUUUUCUUCAGUCAACUUCAUUUUAAUCAUGUUACUUCAGAUGCUUUUUUUACGGCGGCCAUCUUGUUAUGCGCAGUAAGAGAUGCACAGUGCAAACCCAGGGAAUCACCUUAAAAGCGUGAUGCUCGUGCAAAGUUUUUGUCUUGCUUAUUAACCCUUUUUUAGACCGGGGAGAAGAGGGUUUCAGGCCCCUCUCGCUAAAGCUUUAAUAACUUUAAGACCGUUUUAAAUUUGAGCACCAAACUUGGUAACUUUCCCUAAAAAUUAUUUGGGAACAUUUUAAAGUCGUCGUGACGUGUACUUUAUCACUGAAGUUACCAUGGCAACCGAUUUUUGAAAGCCAUGUUUUUCUCAAAAUUUGAUUUUUUGUACAAAAGAGGGGUAAUUUCUAGUUUUAAUAUUAUACUUAUUUAAUUAUUGCUUUUAAGUUAAUUUAGCCAUAUUUUAUCAAAUUUAUUGUAACUGCUAGCGUAAUCCAAUCUAUUUAGCUGAUUGCCUUGACACGGAAAGAAAAACAAAGCAGUCGCAGGGUUCAAUUUUAACAGUGUUAAUUUAUCUUGGGAUUUCACAACUUGGGGAUUUUUUCGCAUCAUAAGCAUCCUUUUAUACAUACAUCAAGUUUUUUUUAUCACGAUUACCUCGAUAUCUACGGAGUUGUAAGUAAAAUUGAUGACAUUUAUAUGAAUUCAAAAUGGCGGAUCCAAGAUGGCGGACGGUUCCAGAUCCUUCUUUAAUGAUAAAUGAUGUCAUCAUGUCAUUACUGCUGUUUGCUAAAAGUCAUUAGUUUGUUACCUAACCUCUUUCUUUUGUUAGACACCUUACUAUUUAAGUAUUUUUCGCUUUGAGGGGAAAAAUUGACGGAAUUUGGAUUCUACAAAUAAAUUCAACAAUAUAACGUGACAAUGACAUCAAAUUACCUCAUUGUGUCAAUCAAGUUAGCCUAUAUGUUGGAAAUGAUGAUUACAUUUUUCUGCGUAAUUUUGAUGGCAGUAUCAUAAGCGGUUUUUUGAGGUUAUAGAGGGGGGUGUCCGAAGCUCCCCCCGGUCGUAGGAGACAAAAAAAAGCCCAGUCUCCAUUCGGUUAAAUCUAGAGUAAAUCCUCUACUAAACCCUCCUGGGCACUUUUUUUGAUUGCAAGCACAUUUAGGGGGAGCUUAUUUGAGACGGGGGGGGGAGGAGUUAUUUUAAUUUAGCAUAAACGAAGGUAUCAGUUCUCCAAAAGAAACUAGAACGCAGAGUGGAAAAGCUCAAGUACAGGAAGUUGGAGGUCACGCAGCCGAGGAUCAAAGACAAAUCUGAGCUUCCAACUGUUGAGGAAACCAUCCUGGAUCAGUCGAAAUAAAGUUUUAAAGUCGUGAUUGACUAAUACAGUCUAUCAUUUAUUAGUGAGCAGUAAUAAGGGAGAGGGGAGGGGGUCUAAAAGAGAAGGGGGUUCUUAUCAACUUUCCUCUCCUGAAAAAAAACGGGGGGAGGGUCUUAUUUGAGAGGGGCUUAAUAGAGGAUUCGCGGUAUGUUGACACUAUCCCGGAUCAGACAACGGCACAGAAUUAAGAGGGUAUUUACAUGAGACCGGGACGAACUCAGACAGUUACGAAUUUGUAAUUUUUGCAGCUUUUUACAUAAGACCGGGACAAAAUGUUUCGUCGAUUACAUGAGACCGGUACGAACUCAAAAAGAGGAGAUUCUUGGAGCCAUAUUAUAAUUAUAACUUUCACAAGUCGAUCAUUAAACAUCAGUUUCACUAACCGGUACACAGUUUACUUCUACAGACAACCGUGGAGUUUUAAACUGCCCUCAGAAAAAUAUAAGAUUUAUACAACGCUCAUAUGGUGGCCUGUUAAUAUUUACCGCACAGUAUCUCAAAAUGGUGCGAUCCCUCACAUUAAUCCAAGCAUAUACUCAAUUGAAUGUACUUCCAAGUCUUUUUUACUGGUGUCAUUUUUUGCAAAGGAAACAGCAAAAAUGAUUGAGCUACAUGAAGAAACAUUCUAUUUACUGACCGGGCGUGAUAUUCGUUUCCGUUUUACAUGUGAACGGUACGGUGUCACACCGGCACGAAAGUAACUAGUGUCGGGUCACCGACAGAGACGAAGUCAGACCGGUCUGAGUUCAUUGUCAGACCGGUCCCAUGUAUUACUAAACGAAUGAAAAGAAAUAUAUGGAGACUGAUACGACCUCAUGCCGGUCUGAGUUUGUCCGUGUAAAUACCCCCUAACAAAAAGAAAUGUUCUUAAUUUGAGUGUCAAUGUAUUUAGCACGACGAAAGUAGUAAUUAUAGGAGACACUAUUUUUACUUCUUCAACGGGACCGCAAUUUUACGCGGUCAUCCGAACCACGCAAAGGUCUUGUCGCUUGCAGUGCAAAGGAAGUACCUUCAUUUCUCAGUUAUUUUAAGAACCUGAAUAUUGGCCCGACCCCGGGAACCGGACCCGCGACCUCCCGCUAUGUGACGACUCGAUUUUAAGAUCAGCGUGGUGCAGCAGUCGCUGCUCCGUUACAGAAAUCGCGCCGAAAUCUCUGUUCUUUUAUAUGUGUAAAUAGAAGCGUUAUCCGAUAGUCUUUUCGCAACUACGCAAAAGCUAUCCGGUAUAUAAGUGUAAACAGAGCUUAAACCUGUUGCUUUUUUGCCGUUCUCGUUGCCGUCGCCGCCGUCGUUACUUAAGCUCCCCAAGAAGGAGGAACUCGCUCAAAAGUAUCACUUUUAAUUAGAUUUCGGAUUCAAAAUCUUUAAUGACUUUACCAAACCAUGACGUUUUUAUUUCCGAUUCGAGUAUCGGAUUGUAAACUAGAAAACGAAAAUUUUCUGAUUUAUCCCCUCUAGUGUAAAGACCUGUAAACGUAAGAUAUCCCGGCCAACGCCCCUAUAAGACUACCUCUCUCUCCAAUUAUUCUCACUUUCAUGAAAUAUACUUACCACGUACACAAUUUAAACAUUAUUACACCUCAACAAUUUAAAAAGAUUGACUCCGCAAACAACACGUUGCUGGAACUCAGGAAACUAGCAGGCGCCAUGGACAACAAGGUAUCUUGUUUUAUUUCAAUAAUGAGCAUUUUGCUUUGAUUAAGCGAUUGAAAUAGACUUUCACAUUACACUGAUUUUGCAAGCUGACUCUCAGAACUGCCAGGAUUCCAUCGAUACCAUCAUGCGCUCCUUUAAUUCUCUAUUUUCUUAUCCCCCAUAAAACACUCUUCCUGCUCCUCAAACUUUGCAUGAACUAACCUUGUUAAUCAAAAUUUGGGGGGUAAACAAAGUUUCUUAUGGGGGAUUGGAAAGUAGCCAAUAUUCCGACUCAGUGAUCUGCCUUGUAAAAGUGAAUAUUUCUCAAUAAAAAAAUGCCUUGUCGCCAAAUGGCAACGUAAAAAAUUCGAAAUUUGCUUGCAAAGGAAAGAUCACACGACAAUACGUGAUGUUAAAAUUACUUUAGUAGCCUCAUAAAAUGGUCGCUGAUGGUAACAACGACAUCAUUUUCUUAAAAGUCGUAUAUAUUUUACGCCUUUAACACACUCCAAUCAUCAUGAGAUAAUGAGGGUACAAUGGAUCCAAAUGUCGAACAGAUUAAGGGACAAGAGAGAAAGAGGAUGACCUUUUAUCUACCGUAUUUCCUCUGCUUAGUCCCCUGAGGAGAGAGAGAGAGCGCCUGAAGAGACUAAGCAUUAUCUGUAUUCCCUCUAAUCUCUAGGGUAAAAAUAAUGAGUACUUCUGGUUGCUUAUUAGGGGAUGAAUAGUAGUAUUGUAAGGACCGAAUUAACCUUUUUUGAGGGGGGAAUCUCGUUAACUUGCGGGGGAAAGCAUUAACGCCGAUGAUGUCAUAACCUUUUGUCUUUCCUCAUGAAUAAAAUACGCAGGAAUCUCAUUAAGAUAAGGUCAUGCGUUAUUAUUAGUUGGUUUAACCGGUCUGACAGGUUUUCUAGUAACUUUAAGGUCGAUAAAUGUGUUGAGUUUCGAUUGGUUGAUUACAAAAUAUGAAACUUUCUAACCGGUUAAUUUAUUGUGUCUAAGGAAUAAACUAAGACUUGCCUGUGACUUAUAUAAAAUCACUGAGUCGUAACCUGAUUAAGCAAGUUCUAUUUCCUGCUGUUGCCAUUGCCCUAUUUCCGGUUCAAUGAUUCUUGGCGCGCAAAUCGUACAACAUAAAUUGGAUUGCAGCCUUCCUCUCCAACAGGCAGCAAAGAGUGAAGCUAGGAAACGACUGCUUUUCCGAAUGAAGUUCGGCUCGUGUAGGGGUUCCAUAAGAGACCAAAUUGGACCCCUAGCUGUUUCUCGUUAUGUCUAACUAUCUUAGUGCUGAUGGCUUUGAACGAUCUCUUCAAGGACGUGGACGAUACUUUAGUCUACGAGAUAGUGAAAAAUAAUGGGACUAGUCAUGCGCAAUCCAUCCUUGGUGAGGUGUCUGCAUGGUCUACUAAGAACAAGUUCCAACUGACCACCCCAUAA